UUCAGCUACAUUUUUACAAAAAAAUAUUAAAAUACAACACCACUUGAAAAUAAUUUUUUUUUCAUUAUUUAAAUUCAUUUUACAUUUUAAUUGAUAAUGUCUUUGCCAAGAAAAAUUAAAAAUAUAUCAAGGUAAUCAAUAAUAAAAAUAACAUAUCAUCAUGAUAUUAUCGAUUGGUAGUAAUUUUACAGAAUAUCAUCCAAAAGUACAUCAUUCAUUAGGUACAUUAUAUAGUGUUGCACCAAUCAUUAUUUUAAUUAUUGGAAUACCCGGUAAUUUAUUAUCAAUGGUUAUUUGGUUAAGACGUUUAUCUACAACAGUUGGUUCAACAAGUUUAUUAAUUGGUAUUAUGUGUAUGACUGAUACAUAUGUUAUAGCACAUGGUUGUCUAAGACAAUGGAUAAUUGGUAUCACUAAUGAAAAGGUGGAUAUACGUAUCAAAUUUGGCUGUGGUAUACCAUUAUUCUUAUUCACUUUUUCAACAGAUUUAUCAACAUGGAUAAUCAUUUUAUUAUGUAUUGAGAGAGCUAUAUGUGUUUGGACUCCAAUCAAAUUUAAACAAUGGUGUAAAUUAGAACAUGGAAUAACAGCUUUAAUUUUUGUUGUAUUAUGUUUGGCCAGUGUGAAUAUUCACUAUGUAUGGACUGUAUAUGUAAAGGAUAAUUCAUGUGCACCGAAACAAGAAUAUAAAGCGUUUCAUUUAUACUGGCCGUAUAUUGACUUUGCAAUUUAUUCAUUUAUUCCAUUAGCUUUCAUACUCCUAGUAAAUAUAAGUAUUAUAUGGAGGAUGAAAACUACAAAUGUAUCAUCCAAAAACACACAAAAUUCAAUAAUACCAAGGGUAGCACUUAUAAGUGAUAGUUCAGAACAAACAUCUUUAAAAUCACGUACUUUACAUAAAGACAAGUCGUCAUCAGCUCGUGAACAACGUUCUGCACGAGUAUUACGAACAGUAGUUUGUAUGACUAUAAGUCAUUUUUUAUUAACAAUGCCAGUAGUAUUCUUUUAUUUAUUUGAAUCGAAAUUUUGUAUUGAUAAUAAAGAUUGGAUAAAUGUCUGUGAUACAAUCGAAAGAGUAACAGUAAUAUUACAAAUGAUUAAUCAUAUGACACAUUUUUUUAUUUAUUCUUGUACAUCAAGUGUAUUUUUGUCAGAUUUAAAUCGUUUAUGUAAAAAUCAUCCAUUGAAAUGUUGUCGAUCGGUAAAUACAAUGAAUACUCGACUUGUUAAUACAUCUGGUAAUGCCGUAGAUAAUCAUGCAGUGAAUUAUUCACAAGCUUCACCAAACUAGAAAGCAAAAAAAAAGCGUUGACCUCUUUCAAUUGAACCUAAUCAGUGUUGAUUUAUCAAGAUCCCAACUAUUUGAAAAUAAACCAAUUACAUUGGUCUUCAUUCAUACUAUUUGUCUACAACAUUUAUAAAGUUAAUAUAUCACGUUUGAAACACGUUUUAACAUUCAUUGUGUUUAAAAAUGAAUGAAUUUAUGUGAAUAUAUAUACACAUUGACUGUCACUUGCUGCUAAUUAUCGUUUUUUUACUACGUAUUUGACAAUUACAUUUGCUUACAGAUUUUUCAUUGUUGGCAAUACAUCCAUCAUUUUGUAUGUUGUAAAACUGAACUACAUUGUACAAUGUUCAAUCCUCAAAAGAUAGAUACAGUGUAACAUGGAUAAGAAUGAGUUUAUCAAAUAUAUACGUAUAUAUGCAUAAUGUGUUCAAUCAUCUUUUUAUUUUUACAAUAAAAUGAAUCUAAUUCAUUUUUGUCUUAUUUUACACAAUAAAUCUUCAAAAACGCUUUUUUUUAAAACAAAAAGAAAUUGAAAUUAGUGCACGAAACAUUUAUUGAUUGUUUUUGAAGUUUGUUGAAAAGGACUUGGUUUGUAUUAGGUUUUAGUGACCCUAUAUUUGAUUCCUGUUAGAUCAGACACAACUGUUAUCAAAUGGUUGCUGUCGAGAUAUAUAUUCUGGCUAUCCUUCUAUAUAAUUAUCGAAUUCAAUCGCGUUGGUGAAUAACGGAAUUAAAUAAAUCAAAUACGAGAAUGUAGCUUUGAGUACAUAUAUUUUGUACAAUCGUUGAUCAGAACAGACAAUCGGAGAAACGUAGCGAAGCAAAAAGGUCGCACGAUUAAAAAGGUAUAUGAGCCAACUCAGUUUAAUCAAGCGUUAAUCAAUAUCUACAGUCGAACGAAAAUAUGUUACAGACAUGUGAUGAGUAGGAUAAGAAGCGCACACACAUACGCUCACAUAAAACAGCGUUGACAAGCGGAUAAUUAACAAAGUCAAGCUACAGUUACUUCCUUUCUGUUUUUGUCCAAUGCAUUACUCUAUGUAAACCUUACACACAGUUAUUCAGCUUAACAAUUGUGAAUUUAAAUGGGACCUCGCAAGAUUUUGUACUUUUACUAUAAAUUAAAAGUCUAAAAACGGUUUCAAAAACAUUUAUUUCGAAAAAAAGAUGUUAAAACAAUGUUCUGAUGACUGUUAAUAUCUUCUUUCUUGUCAAGUUAAAACAAUUUAAAUAAAGCCAGAACGAACAUUGAUGCAGAAUAAUAUGAAUUCAUUAUAUUUUGUGGUUUCUCAAUUGCCGCUUACAACAAAAUAUAUAUUGGAAUUUUACAUUGAAG